GUCACUCGCUCGGGAGCCGCCUGAGCACUUCCUCUCCACGCGUUCGAGGGAACCCAGAGGGGCCGGGCAGGGCCAUGGCCAAUGCUGGGAACAGAGGAGGGAUCCACGGCCCCUUGAGCCUCACCUGUUCCCUGCUCAUUGUGGGAAUGUGCUGUGUGUCUCCUUUCUUCUGUCAUAGCCACACAGAUCUGCUGGCUCUGAACCAAGCUGAUCCUCAGUGCUGGGAAUCCUCCUCAAUACUCCUCCUGGAAAUGUGGAAGCCUCGCAUUUCCAACACUGUUUUAGGCUUCUGGAAUUUUAUGAUCUACCUGAAGUCAUCUGAGAACUUGAAGCACGGGGCACUGUUUUGGGAUCUAUCCCAACUCUUCUGGGAUAUCUAUGUGGACUGUGUCCUCUCCAGGAACCAUGGCUUAGGAAGAAGGCAAUUGGCUACAGAGGAAGAGGAAAUCUCAGCAGCGCAGUCACAGAGCCCAGGGAGUAAACAAGGUAUAUAUUCCCAGCUCCUAAGAACGCCUUUCCUGAAGAAGAAAGAAUUGAUUGAAGAUUUGAUAAGCAUGCAUGUACGCAAGAGUGGGUCUACGUUCAUUGGAAAAGUGAACCUGGAAACAAAAGGAGAAUAAAU